GUGUCUGAGCGGUCUAUGCUAGGCGCGCGGACUCCCGCGCGGUGUGCAGCGGGAUUGGGAUCCGGGUGCGGUGCGGUGCGGUGCGGUGCGGUGCGGUGCGGUGAUCUUGGACCCACCAGAAGGAUGGCAAACUCAACAUUGGGUGACAGGGGCCUCCCCAGUGCAGAACUCUGGUGCUCCCAUAACAGGAUGGUACUGGAGCCACUUGACACCAAUGACCCAGAGGUGCACAGCAUCAUCAAGAAGGAGAAGCAGCGGCAGAAGAUGGGGUUGGAGUUAAUCGCGUCAGAGAACUUUGCAAGCCGAGCAGUCCUGGAGGCCCUGGGGUCCUGCCUGAACAACAAAUACUCCGAGGGUUACCCAGGACAGAGGUACUACGGUGGGACAGAGUUUGUAGAUGAGCUGGAAAGGCUGUGCCAGAAGCGAGCCCUGCAGGCGUACCGGCUUGACCCCCAGAAGUGGGGCGUCAAUGUCCAGCCUUACUCAGGGUCACCCGCAAACUUUGCGGUGUACACGGCCCUGGUGGAACCCCACGGCAGGAUCAUGGGGCUGGACCUGCCCGAUGGGGGCCACCUCACCCACGGGUUCAUGACAGACAAGAAGAAGAUCUCUGCCACCUCUGUCUUCUUUGAGUCCAUGCCCUACAAGGUCAACCCCAAGACUGGUUACAUUGACUAUGACCAGCUGGAGGAGAAUGCCCGCCUCUUCCACCCCAAGCUGAUCAUAGCAGGUGUCAGCUGCUACUCACGCAACCUGGACUAUGCCCGCAUGCGGAAGAUUGCCGACGCCAAUGGUGCAUAUCUCAUGGCUGACAUGGCCCACAUCAGUGGGCUGGUGGCCGCCGGCGUGGUGCCCUCCCCCUUCGACCACUGUGACAUUGUCUCCACCACCACACACAAGACCUUGCGGGGCUGCAGAGCUGGCAUGAUCUUCUACCGCAAAGGCACCCGCAGCGUGGACCCCAAGACAGGCAAAGAAACGCUCUACAACCUGGAGAGCCUCAUCAACCAGGCAGUCUUCCCUGGGCUGCAGGGAGGCCCGCACAACCAUGCCAUCGCAGGGAUUGCUGUGGCGCUGCGGCAGGCCAUGACGCCCGAGUUCAAGGCUUACCAGCAACAGGUGGUCGCCAACUGCAAGACACUCUCGGCAACACUGAUGGAGCUAGGCUAUGACAUCGUCACGGGGGGCUCCGACAACCACCUGAUUCUCUUGGACCUGCGCAGCAGAGGCACAGAUGGAGGCCGGGCUGAGCGGGUGCUGGAGAUCUGCUCCAUCGCCUGCAACAAAAACACGUGCCCUGGUGAUGUCAGCGCCCUGCGCCCCAGUGGCUUACGGUUUGGGACACCGGCUCUCACCUCCCGCGGUUUCCGACAGGAUGAUUUCCGCAUGGUGGCUCAGUACAUCCACAGAGGGAUCGAGCUGACGCUGCGCGUGCAGAAGGACAUGAGCCCCAAGGCCACACUGAAGGAAUUCAAGGAGAAACUGGAGGAGGAGAAAUACCGGAGGGAGCUGAAGUCACUGAAGGAAGAGGUUGAGGCCUUUGCAGCGACCUUCCCACUCCCGGGGCUGCCUGUCCUGUAAGGGGAGGUACCCCUGGCUGUGCCAGGAGCCGAGGAAGUACCCAGGAUCACGGCACACUCGCACCCCGGUGCUUCCUCUCCCUGCUGACACUGGCUGCAGUGCAGCAGCAGCUCCUGGUUUGGCUCUUACUGACCUCUCCCCUCCCGUUCGGGGCACAGCCCCUCCCCGCAGGGAAACCAGCCCUUUCACCACUCAGUGUUACAGUUGGAACCAAGCACCAGGCAACCCUCAGCCCCACAGCCGGCUCCGACGCGGCGCUGGCUGGGGAAGCAGCAGACAAGGUUUAGGCAGGCCUGCCCACGGUCACCCGGACACCCCUGCCCGCAGCACCGGGAUGGUCGUGGGGGCCCACCUCCUUGGGCGUCCUUGGCUUGCAGUCCCACACACUGUGCUCAGCUGCACAAGAGCUGCUGAAAGCCUCCCCGGUUUCAGCCUUGAGGAUUGCCUUCAUGCGCACAAGCCUGCUCUCCUUUUGUCCCUUCCAGCCUCCACAGGCUUUGACAGGGACAAGGUCUGGCCUUAACAGCCCUCCUGGGAUCACCAUCCCAUCCUAGCCAGCAGCUCUGGUAUUUCCUCACACCUCUGAGCACAAAGCUUAGGUAGAACCAUUUUUUAAUAAGCACGGUAAAAUUAAGAAUUUAACCACAAUGUAUGACAAGAAUUAUAAGCUUUAAAAAAUACAACCAAUUUUUUUUUUUGUAUUUCAAAAAUAUCUGAACCCAAAUAAAUAAUUUUUUUUUAAAAAGUA